UUAGUAAACGACGAUAAAUGAAAACUCAAAGAAAAUGACCAAAAUUUUUGUGACCAAAAAUUAGCCGAUAAUUAGGUAAUAAAGGAUAUAUAAUAUCAUAUAAUAAUUAUUGUUAUCAUAUCAAGUGGACAGUCGGGUCCAAUUGAUUUAUUGAAGUGGAUUCGGUAAUGUUGACCAAAAAGAUGAGACGCCGACAGUUGUUGCAGUUGUGGUCACUGGUGUUGUUGUGUUCAAUACCGAUGAGUCUCUAUAUCUAUCAACAGUUAAGAGAUAGGACUCAGGCCAGCCGUCAUUUUCUCGGUUUUACCGAUCGCGAGGCCAAACUCGCCGAACGGGUCAAAGAAGUGGAACAACAAAACCAAUUCUUAAGACGACAGCUGAGUAUUUCGCGGGAAAAGUUGGUCUCAAUUAUGAGUGAUCAACAACAACAGCAAAAUAGUGAUAAUGAUAAUAAUAAUAGACAUAAAGCCGAUGAUCAAAAUAAUAUACCGAAAGUGGACACCAAUAGUGUUCGCCAAAUAAAAACUAAUAAAGACAUUAAUAUUAAUGAUAUAAAUAGCAAUAAAUUGACGGAUGAAAAAUCAUUGUCAAUGCCGAUUGAGACCAAUUUGGUGAUCGCUGAUGACGAUAGCGGCGGUACGAAACUGUUGACCAAUAAUUGCCAUAAUAGUCACGAAGACAUAGUUCCUAAAUGUGAGGUCAUUCAUGUGGUGAUAGUCUGCGCCGGAUAUAACUCAUCGCGAAGUGUUGUGACUCUAAUUAAAUCGAUUUUGUUUUACCGUAAAAAUCCGCUUCAUUUUCAUUUCAUCAGUGACUCCAUCGCCCAUACGAUACUACAGACACUAUUCAAGACUUGGUCAGUGCCUGCGCUCGGCGUUAGCUUUUAUUUGGCCGACAAUCUACAGUCAGACGUGUCGUGGAUACCGAACAAACACUAUUCGGGUGUCUACGGACUCAUGAAACUAGUAUUACCGAAAGCAUUACCGCAGAAUAUGGACAAAGUUAUCGUAUUGGACACCGAUAUUACGUUUGCCACCGAUAUCGCUGAACUAUGGAAACUGUUCGCUAAGAUGACCAAAGAGUCGCUGGCAUUAGUCGAGAAUCAAAGUGACUGGUAUUUGGGUAAACUCUGGAAAAAUCACAGACCGUGGCCUGCAUUGGGUCGGGGAUUCAAUACGGGUGUCAUGUUAUUCAGUUUGAAACGUUUACGAGAGUUUAAUUGGUCAGUUGUGUGGAAAAUGGUAGCCGAAAAAGAACUUAUGUCUAUGUUGUCCACUUCGUUGGCCGAUCAGGACAUCUUCAAUGCCGUUAUCAAACAAUACCCUUUCCUUGUCUAUAAGCUUCCGUGUCAGUGGAACGUACAGCUAAGCGACAAUACACUGUCGGACGCCCUGUGCUAUACUGAAGUACAGGACCUGAAGAUAAUUCACUGGAAUUCACCAAAGAAGUUAAAAGUCAAGAAUAAACAUUUGGAAUUUUUCCGCAAUCUUUACCUAACAUUCCUCGAGUAUGACGGAAACCUUUUGAGAAGAGAACUUAUCGGCUGUAAUAAUACCAAAGAAAAUGCCAUAUAUUAUGAGUCAUCAAAUUUGAUGAAUCAGAUCGACGAAGACGAUCCGUGCUAUGAGUUCCGUCUGUCUCGUGUCACUCAACACCGAACACACUUGUAUUACAUUGAAUACGACUACGAGCCGUCACCCGAAGGCAACGACGUCACGCUUGUGGCGCAACUAUCGAUGGAUAGGUUACAAAUGGUUGAAGCUUUGUGUCAGCACUGGGAGGGACCCAUAUCUUUAGCUAUGUAUAUGUCCGACUCUGAAGUGCAACAAUUUCUUGGAUACGCUCAGACAUCGGAGAUAUUGAGAGAACGGAAGAACAUUGGCUAUCAUAUCGUCUAUAGAGACGGACCUUUCUAUCCGAUUAAUCACUUGCGAAACGUUGCCCUCCAACAGGUCAACACUCCAUUUGUAUUUCUAACAGAUGUUGACUUUUUGCCAAUGUUUGGUCUCUACGAGUACUUAAAGCGUUCUGUGGCGGCCAUGGGAUUAGAGUCGGCAUCGAAGAAAGCACUGGUAGUUCCAGCAUUUGAGACACAACGUUAUAGGAUAUCGUUUCCAAAAACCAAAGCUGAAUUACUUUCAAUGCUAGACAUGGGAACGUUGUUUACAUUUAGAUAUCAUGUUUGGACCAAAGGUCACGCACCGACCAAUUACGCAAACUGGAGGACAGCAACCACUCCCUAUCGGAUCACUUGGGAACAAGACUUUGAGCCAUAUAUAGUGGUUAAGCGCGAUAUUCCUGAAUAUGACACGAGAUUUGUGGGCUUCGGCUGGAAUAAAGUGUCGCAUAUUAUGGAACUGUACGCUCAGGGGUACGAGUUUAUCGUACUGCCCAAUGCUUUCAUUGUCCAUAUGCCACACGCACCCAGUUUCGACAUUGCCAAAUAUAGGUCCAGUUCAUCCUAUAGGAAGUGCUUGAAGAUAUUGAAAGUGGAGUUUGUUAAAGAUCUCAACAAACGUUAUAACAGACAAUUCACUGCGAGCGACACUUUCAAGCAUUAAAUUUAUAAACCAUUUAUUUGUUUUUUUUGUGAAGAAAUUGCAGAUUUAUUAGCAAUUAUUAUCAAAUUAUAUAAUAAAUGUUACAAUUG